AGGGAAAUGUUGUUCACAAACCAGACAUCGAGGCGGCUGUAAAAACAGCUUAGUUAUCUUUUCGCACAAGUUUUGUUCGACCUCCGUUCCUUCAAGACGGGGAGAGUUUAUACAGAUGCCGCCGCCGCCGUUCGUGGAGUACUUUGUGGUGUGCGGGCUGGGAGCCAAAUCCCUGGACAAGGAAGCCUCGCCUUCGUCUGCCCUCCAUGGACACAUCCCACCUCUAUCAGGGACCUACACACCUUCAGUUCUUGCUCAUUUCCCCAACUCCCGUCCCGACUGCCCAUUUCACGUGACUGCCAUUCAAACACUCUGUCUCCCUGACGGAACACGGCUCUCCAAGAACCUAAAACAGACCCACAAGACCUUCCACUCCUUCCUCGUCACGCGGGAAGACGGCUCGCACAUCCACGGCAGCGUCCUCGUCUUCCCGGAGCUCCUUACUGACCAUAACCUGCUCAACUCGCUCGACUCGCUCCAGUCCCUGUACGUCGGGGUCCGGGGGUCGGGGUUCAACUCGGAGCACCAAGACUACUUCGACAGGCAGGAAGACGAGUUGUAUGCUCUCAAGUGUGUGUGUCUGGUAACCUCGCGGCCCAUCCACCAACCGUGCAGAGCGUUCCUCGAGCAGUUGUUUGCCGCGACUGCUGGGAGCCACACCGCCUCACUCCCCAUCGAGAGCUACCUCUAUAACCUUCUCUACGAGGUGACGCUCCCCGAACCCGGCAAAUUCCUCCGGUUCUCUGGCCCCCUGGGGAGAAUUUCGUGGUACCAGCCCCCCAGAUUCGACCUCCCGCUGUGCGACUACUCGUUUCGAGGGUUGUUUGAGAUGCUGGGAGUGCGUGAGGUGCUAAGGGCCCUGGCCUGCGUCCUGAUGGAGCACCAGAUCCUUCUCAAGUCAUCUGCUGUACAGUUGGCAUGAAAUAAGGAGGCAGAAAGAGAGGACAAAAACUACCAGAAGCUGAUGCGGGGAGCCAACUGCCUGGCGGCCCUCCUGUUCCCGUUCUCCUGGCCGCACGUCUUCGUUCCCAUCCUCCCCUCCUCCCAGAGAGGAUUCCUCGACGCCCCGGUACCCUACAUCAUGGGUCUGAGGGUCCAACCUUCCACCAACACCUCCAAACUGCUCAGCAUUGCCAAUGUGUCCUCACUGUGUUCCGUAGACCUAGAUCGCGGUGUGGUUGAAACUGUAGACGGACUUCCAGACCUUCCCAACAGCGACUCUCUCGUCUCCCAACUCGCAGAGAAGGUCCACGAAUUCUCCGUUAACUGCCCCGACGCCAGGGACCUCCCCCUCUCUCCCAGCAAGCCACGACGCACCUCCAUGGUAACAAUCACAUGACAGGCACAUGAUAAACAUGUAAAUCUAGUUCCACCUCAAUGUGGGGUGAGAGCUAUUAGUGUGGAAGGUGGGAGGGUUGCACAGGAAUGAGCCUCUGUGAGAUGAUGAAAGACUAUUGGAAUGUCCUCCAGUCUUGUUGACACAAGAGAAAUGUCGAGUACUGAGGAGGCAGGGGAGAUCAUGAAGGAGCUGUCCCGGACCGCCAGUAGCAGAGAGCAGCUCAUAUCUGAGCUGUCCACCAGGGUCAGAGACAACCCCCUCCUUCCUAACCUUCUCAACCUCGCCAGAAUUGGAGGUCCGGAGAAUGGCACCCUCACCACCACAGACCUCGCUGAACUGGUAGCUGAAGAAGAAGAAGAUGAUGAAGAUGAAGAAUCAGAGAAGAACCGAUGGGACUUUGCCCCCAAUCGUAAAGACCAGCGAUUCUCGGUCGCCGUUCGCGAAGUCUUCUGCUCCUAUUUCGUCCAACAUUUUGCCAACUACGACACAUUCAUCGUGGUGCCUACGCAGACCUACGAACAGUGGAUCAAGAACCGCGAACAGUUCCAGAACUUCGACAAGACGGCCUUUCUCUCCGACCAGCCCAACCACCACUGGCCGUUCUACGCGGCCUUCCUCGAGAGCAGUAUGUUCACCACCUUCAUCGACGAGAAGGUGACCUCCAUGUGGCACCCGGAGAAGGCCAGCCAGCAACUAGCGCUGUUCGACUCUCGUGUGGAGGCCUUCCGAGACAAGACCGGGCUCGGGAAAUCCCCCACCACUCCGGGACUCGGCUCUCGGAGUUCUAGUGUUAUGUCAGCAGGCGGACUAGGGGCCUACCUCCAUCACCUCCACCAGUCAGAGGAAGGAGGAGAGGAGGAGGAGGGGGACACGGACGACGUCACCAACAAUGACGUAAUCACCGAAUCCAUGCCUCUCCCCCGGCAGCUGCCCGGAGAGAGCCAGUCAGUCCUCGUUGCCAUGAGAACCAAGACGAGACGAGCAGGGGUUUUCCCCGAGCUUGACCCAGUACUUCUUCUCCAGCCGAAACUGCUGAGUCCAUUGUCAAAGGUGGGAGGUCACCUACCAUCCCAUCACACCUCUCUCUCCCGGCCACGCCCUGCUUCUGCCGGGCGUGCCCCUCGCUCCCUUCACGUCUCCGCCUCUGCCACACCCAACCUGUUUCCACGACGAGCGAAGGGGCGGGCCAGAGGAAGCACGGAUCUGGUGGGUGGGGCAGGGGGCGGAGUUUCGGCUGGGUUCUCAUCUCACAGUCAUGCAAAAUUUGUCAGUCAACUAAUGAGAGAGAGCAGGUUCAGGGUGAAGCACAUGAUGGGCAGUUCUCCAGACAGCCACAGUUCAGUGGAGGAGAACACCCACAUCGGGACACUCUGCGACCUCCUGGAGAGGAUCUGGGGCCAUGGACUCAAGAAGAGAGAUAGUAAGAGUCCACUUUGGGCCCACCUCACAGCGUAUGCUGAGUCGGCAGAGACGGAUGAGGGCGUGGCAAGUCCUCCGCCCUCUUCUCCUCCUUCUCCUCCCCUCCUCUCUUCCUCCAUGUCGUCCCUCUCCAUGUUCACCACUUCCUCAUCCUCAUCUUCCCCAUCUGGGGAGGGCUCGUCCCGCUCAGGCCGUGGUCUCAGCACCCAGUUCAGACGGAGGAAAUUUGGGUCCCCUGCCUUGCGGUCCCAGAUUGAGGGCAUUCUCCGGCCUCCUCCCUCCUUCCUCCUCUCAGACUUUCUGAUUGUUAGGAACAUGCGUGAGAUCAAGACAGACGUCGGCCACGCACGAGCGUUUGUGAGACUGGCGCUGGAGAAACGGAGCCUCUCUCGUCACCUGGCGACCCUCCUGUCACUUGACGACCUCACCAGACUGAGGUACAAGGAGUACGCCUUCCUACGGACGGACGAGGAGAGAGAGCAGUUUCUCUUCCACCUCCUCACACUCACCGCCAAGGACUUCUCCUGUUUCACCAAUGCCUUCCUGAACACCACCAUGGUGUACAAGGUUCUGUUGGUGGGCGAAGGGAAGAGGUUUGGUCUCAGCACAUCGUCUCCGUAUGUGACCGUGGCUGGGGAGUUUGGGGACUCGGGGACAGUGGAGAUACCUCGCGGGGAGAACCACAUCGACCUCACCCAUCGUAACCUUGGUCCCCUGACAUGUCUGAGAGUGGGUCACGAUAACUCUGGCAUUGCUCCCAGUCUGCUGCUGGAGAUGGUCCUGGUCCACAACACCACCACUGGCCAGAUAUAUCGGUUCAACUGUGGAGGGUGGCUGAGUCGGUCGGAGGAUGACGGGAGUGUGGAGAGAUUCCUGGUGGGAGAGAAGGUCCCCCUGACCUACCGUAACUCUGUCAACAUGGCCGCCCUCGGGGUGGACGGCGUUCUUCCCUCUCCUGGCAACCGGAGACGAGCCCUCACCUCUACCAGGAGGGAGGGAGAGAAUGUCGGAGAGACACGGCAGCUGAAAACUGGUCUGAAGGUGGUGGUUGAGAGGUUAAAGACUGCCACGCAGAGCCGGAGCUCCCAGAAUAGGGUUCAGGACAUGUUGCAGCUCAUUCAUGGAGAGAAUGGCUAUAUUGAUAACAUGGAGAAGGUCCUGUUGGCAGGGUUCAGAUCCAGCCGUAAGUUCAGCAAGAGACUGUACCUGUGGGACAUGGUGGAGAGAGCCUGUGAGCACAUGGAGUCAAUGGAGACACCCACGCCACUGGUCCACACCGCCCCCCACCCGGCCUCCCUCGACAGACAGGUCCUCGGGAACACCGUCGACAGAAUCAACUCAAACUAUCCUCAGAUCGGCAAGAGUGAAAAGAUGGCUCUGUUCCUGAGUAUUGGUCUGAGGGACCAUCACAUAGCAACAUGGCUGUCCCUCAUCGGCCACUGCUCGCCAGUCCUCUCUGCUCUCUACGAACACUCGGCCUUCCUCCGCGACCCAGACCUCCUCCACUUCCUCAUCUACACCCUCUCCUCCCUCUCUCCCCCCUCCCACUCCCCCACACUCUCCCUCUCGCUUUCUCCUCCUCCUCCCUCCACCGCCGUCCGAUUGGAGCCCCUCCUCACACGGGGCAUGUGACCACACACCCAUAAUCAUGUGAAUGUGUAUCAAAAUCAUGUGACUUGUUUCAACUUCCCUCUCGUAUCGUAUUGUGUGAUGAAAUUAUGAAUAAACACACAUAUCAUGAUCAUAAUUAUGAUGUAAAAUUAAGUUUAUGGAACCUCCGUGAGACACUAAAAUAAUGAAGUAAGAGAGGAGAGAGAAAAAGAGAGGGGAGUGGCAUUUCUGCCACCACACACAAUAAUAACCCAUGAAAGAGAAAUGAAGCAGAUUUGCAUGAGUUCUGAUUGUCUGUCUCCACAAUUUGUCACCAUUUCCCCCUGCGACUCCAAUCUUUUGGAGUCCACUUGAUACACUUUGGGUCUAUUCUGAUCUUCCGUUUGGUGAUGGCUUUCUGGUGUUUCUGGAUGGCUUCGUCGGAGAGACAGAUGACGUACUGCCCCCUGUAGUACUGGACUAGGUUCAGGUACUGUAGUGUGGACACCGCGUCCUCCUUACGGAUACUGGUCUGCUCACAUAUCUCACUGAUGGUUACGGUGGGUGGAGAGUCGUCCUGCGUUCGGUCAAAGUUGACGAUCAGCUCCAGGAUGGUGGCGGCCCAGUAGCUGCGAUAGGAGAGGAGGCCCAGGUCUGACAGCGGUUUCUCCGGAGACCCGGUCUUGUUCUCUAUCUUGGACAGCUCGUAACUAAACUCGAUGAGGACUUUCCCGUAGCCCAUUCUCUGGUAGGGAGGCAGUGUCAGGAUACAUGCCACAUUGUAGUCCUCACUGCUCUCCUUCUCCUUGGAGAAGUAGCCGAUGAUGUGGAAGCCGUAGGAGUCGUACUCGGUCAUGAUGUAGAAGAGGAAGGGGUCAGUGUCGUAGUAGAGGGUCUUGUGAUCCAGGAACAGUUUGGCCAACAGGCAGAGGUUCUGAGCAUACGGUUUGUUUUUCCGUCCGUCGAUCUCGAAAAAGGAAAUGUUGUCCUUCCUAUAGAUCUCGUUCCCCGGAGGGUGAUGGAUGGUGCACUUGGUCUUAUGUCUCUGCAGACAUUUCAGACUCUUCAAGUACUUGAGGCAGAACUCGCAGAUGUAGACCACUGGCUCCGUGGUCAGUUCCUGGGGGUACGGUGAGAAAUACCAGGGUUUGAUCCGGAAGCGGCCCAGUUCGAUCUGCUCUAUGUUCUUCAUGCGGGUGAUGGCGUCGUCUUGGUGGGGGUGGUGGCUCAUGCCUCCCGAGGACGUCCUGGGUUGCUGGGUGGGGGGCGUGGCACCGCUCGGACUGCAGAGUGGGUCCUGGGAGAAAUGGAGGUAAGGAGAGA